AUGACAACACUGACACUUUCACCUCCUAGGGCUCAUGGGGCGUCCUCGGCUAGCUCACUGGCGUACCAGUCUCUGAGAGUAAAACCAGCUACUAUCGCAUGGAAGGAUCUCACCUAUGACGUCAAGCUCACCCGCGCGAACCCUCAGACCGGCAAGAAAGAAACCAUAGACAAGCGCAUCCUUGAUGGCCUCUCGGGCAUCGUUCGUCCUGGUGAGAUGCUCGCCAUCUGCGGGCCGUCGGGAGGCGGCAAGACGACCCUGCUCGACGCCAUCGCCGGAAGGAUCGACCCUAACCGCAAGGGGAGGAAGUUCAUGGGAGAUGUACUGGUCAACGGCAAGCUCAGAGACGAGACCUUCAGCAUGGUGGCUUCGUACGUGCAGCAGGAGCACGCGCUUCAGACGCCCUUCACAGUCAAGGAGACGAUGCGGUACGCAGCAGACCUCCUCAUUCCUCACUCAGAGAGCACACCUGAGGAGAGGAGGGCGAGGGCAGAGAACGUGACUCACGUUCUCGGGUUGGACUCGUGCAGCAACACCAUCGUGGGAGACGUGUUUCGCAAGGGACUCAGUGGAGGCCAGCUUCGACGCCUGUCGAUCGCAGUGGAGCUGGUGCGAAACCCCUCCAUCCUGCUGCUGGACGAGCCGACGUCAGGCCUCGACUCAGCUGCUGCAGAGAACAUCAUGAGUCACUUGUCUCACCUCGCCAAGAUGGGGACGACGGUUGUGUGCACCAUUCAUCAGCCUCCUUCCGAGGUGUGGGCCAACUUCGACAAGUUUCUCCUGCUGUCCAGGGGCAAGUGCCUCUACUUUGGAGCCGCUAAAAACGCCGUGGACUAUUUCUCGAGGAUGGGGUAUCCCUGCCCCAGCCAGUCGAACCCUGCAGAUUUCUUCCUCCGACUCGCCAACACGGACUUUGAGGGGCAUGCUGAUAUCGAGCUCCUCGCAAAGCUAUUCAAAGAAGAGCCGGAGGGCAUGGCGUUGACGUCAGCACUUGCCCGCCCCAUUGAGCAUGCUAUCAGCCCUGCCAGUCACAGGAACGGCUUCAUGACGCAGCUCAUGAUCUUGUCUCAUCGCGCCUUCUUCAACAAUGCGCGCAACCCGGGUAUUUUUCUCGUCCGACUCGUCAUGUACAUCAUGCUCUGCCUGCUGAUGGGCUUCAUGUUCUGGAACCUUGGCCAUGGUCCCACAGACAUCAACAGUCGCGUUGCUCUCCUCUUCUUCGUUGCUGCUUUCUUGGUGUUCAUGUCUGUGGCAGUGCUGCCCUUCUUUAUCGUGGAGAGAGCUGUGUUUCUGCGCGAGAGGGCUAAUGGCUGGUAUGUGGUGCCAGCAUAUGUGCUGGCGUCUUUCUUCAUGUCGUUGCCGGGCCUUUUCAUCAUCUCCUUGGUCAGCACUAUCCUUGUGGUACUUCCUGCCGGUCUCAACGGCUUCGGAGUGUUCCUUGCGGACCUCUUCCUCUCUCUUGUUACAGCCGAAGCCUUCAUGUGCGUCAUUGCCUCCGUCGUUCCUCAUUACAUCAUCGGGAUCGCGCUAGGGGCGGCAGUGUACGGCUUCUUCAUGUUGUGCGAGGGCUUCAUGAAGGUCAAGAACGACAUCCCUGACUACUUCAUCUGGGGGUACUACAUGGCAUUUCAUACCUACUCGUUCAGAGCUUUCAUGGUCAACGAGUUUGAGGGCAUCAAGUACUUUGACAGCCCUCAGUUUCACAAUGGAAAGGAAGUUCUCGUCUUCUACAACAUGGAGGAUCAUGCUGUGUGGAAGGACUUGCUGGUUGUUGGAGGCUGGGCAAUAGGUCUUCAGGUCCUCUUUGGAAGCAUUCUUCAAGUGUUCCACAAGGGCAAACGGUAA